AUGUCUCGACUCUGCGCUGUAAAGGUUCUCGGUUCUGGUGCUUUAUUGUGGAAUGCAUUCUUGAGGGGAAGACAAAGCUGUGAGUGUUAUGGAAAAGUGAGUAAAUGUAGAGAAGGGAAUGAUGUUCUUAUUUGGAAACCGAGUAGUCAAGGAACCUUCUCUUCCAAGAGUGCAUGGGAGAUGAUUAGAGUACGGUAUCCUCAAACUCCUUGGGGAAGAUGGGUAUGGCAUUCUGCACUCCCAAAAAGAAUGUCAGUUAUAAUGUGGAAGGCUUUUUCGGGAGCUUUAAGUGUAGAUAAUAAAGUUCGGCAAAUGGGUGUUGCCUUAGCUUCUAGUUGUGAUUGCUGUCUCACGGGAAUGGAAGAAACAGCUAGCCACGUUCUGAGCACAGGUGAGGUGGAAAAUGAAGUUUGGAGAAAAGUCUCAGUGGCUUUGGGCAUACGGUGGAGAACUAAACAAAAUUGGGAGUUGGGUGGCGAAGAAGAGCUGGAAGGAGAACUGAGUGUCUCUCUCAGCAGUGAUUAUGAUGCUACAAGGAAUACCUCCGCGGAGGAGGCAAUCGGGAAGGGGCAGUUAAGGGCGAAACUUGCAAUUACUCCGAUUUCCUCUUCCCUAAAUCCAAUUCAAAGCCCCGCAAUUCCAACUCUGGCUCUCCUGUCAAUAUCGUUGGCAGAUUCUGGAGUUUUCACUGGCCGCUGA